UUGGGAGUAUGGGCUCUGACCAAAGCCGCACUGCAUCGCAGGAAAAUGUCGACUGUAUCAUGGCAGCUCAACCAACAAUUUCCCGUCACCGCAUAGAGCAAGUUCUGCGGCGCACACGCGGCAAUGUCAGACAAGCGAUGCAAAUACUGAUGACACAAAGAGAGAGAGUGACAGAGGUACGGGUACAGCAGGAACAAAGUGCUAAUGCAGCACACUCUUUGCCAAGUCAUACAACAAACACAACAACUCAGAAUGAAACUACACGUCCAAGGGUUCGUUUCUAUCAACUCUUGCCGCCCAUUCAAGUCAAACAAUUUAUUGAACAGCCGACGACAGUCUUCCGUCUCAUCAGUUAUCCCGCAUGUGCAUAUUUCCAACACUCAUCCAACAUCAGAGACGCAUCUCAGAAAGAAUACAUUCUUGCCGAUGCUCGACUCCAAUACGCAGAGCUGCUCAGUCUCGACGGGAUCGCCGAAAUCAAAUUUACAUCCGAUGAAGAGGGCGACACCUUCUGGGCAUGUCCCGUAGUUGAGCCAAACGGUAGUAGUAGCUUGUCGUGGAUGGCUUGUUCCCUAUUGGCAACGAUUGGUGGUUGGGACUGA